AUGUUGGGUAAGAACAUGAACAUGGCGGUUGCCUAUCUCAUCACCUUCACCACUCUGUUCUGCUUCACCAUGGCAGCUCCAGUAGAGAAUGCCUUGAAGACUUACCUAGUCUUCGUCGAGAAGCCUCAAGGCCUGGAUUCAUUGGAAUCGGAAAAUCUAGACAGCUACUACCAGCAAUUCCUGCCGGUGACUACAGAGUUGACCUCCGACGAGCCGCGGAUGGUCCAUUCCUACCGCCAUGUCAUCACAGGUUUCGCCGCCAAGCUCACAUCCGCAGAGGUCCAGGCGAUGGAACAGAAGGAAGGGUUCCUCUCCGCGCGACCGGAGAGGAUCCUGUCGCUCCAGACUACUUACACCCCCAAAUUCCUGGGGCUGCAGCAGAAUACAGGGUUUUGGAACUCUUCGAACUACGGCAAAGGAGUGAUUGUUGGAGUGUUGGACACUGGCGUGACGCCUAAUCACCCUUCGUUUAACGACAAGGGUAUGCCUCCCCCGCCGGCCAAAUGGAAAGGUAAAUGCGAGCUCAAGGAGGCCUGUAACAACAAGGUAAUUGGCGCCAGGAACCUCGUCGCCAGCGGGGAAUCCCCUGCUGACGACGAAGGCCAUGGCACCCACACCGCGAGCACCGCUGCAGGAAGCGCGGUGCAGGGUGCCAAUGCAUUGGGGCAAGGAUGGGGGACAGCUUCUGGUAUGGCGCCGAUGGCGCAUUUGGCCAUCUACAAAGUGUGUGGCGAACAGGGCUGUCCUGAUAGCGCCAUAUUGGGGGCAAUCGAUGCAGCCGUUGGAGAUGGCGUCGAUGUGCUCUCGCUCUCUCUCGGUGGCGAUUCAGCUCCUUUCUACGAGGAUGGAAUCGCCAUCGGUGCAUUCGGAGCGAUCAAGAAGGGAGUGCUUGUUAGCUGUGCAGCAGGGAACAAUGGCCCGACUACCGGGUCGUUGUCGAACGAGGCGCCUUGGAUUCUAACCGUGGGAGCUAGCACGGUCGAUCGUCAAAUGGGAUCGACCGUGCUGCUAGGGAACAAGAAGGAAAUGGAUGGUCAGACCUUGUUUCAGCCCAAGGAUUACCCGUCGAAAAUGUUGCCGCUUGUCUAUGCAGGAUCCUCUGCUAACUCCUCUGGAGUUUACUGCGCGCCAGGGUCACUGAACAAGCUCGACGUCAAGGGCAAAAUGGUGGUCUGCGAGAUGGGAGGCGAAAUCAAGAGGCUGGACAAAGGAAUUGAAGUGAAGAGCAAUGGUGGAGCUGCAAUGAUCUUGAUCAACAAUGUCGCUAAUGGCUUCACAACUCUGGCCGAUGCUCAUGAGCUUCCGGCCUCCCAUGUAAGUUAUGAGGCAGGAUUGGCCAUCAAGGCUUACAUGAACUCCACAUCAUCUCCAACCGCCAGCAUCAUGUUCAAAGGGACCGUAAUUGGGAAACAGGAUGCACCCCAAGUGGCAUCCUUCUCGUCCAGAGGUCCGAGCCAGGCUAGCCCGGGGAUCAUGAAGCCCGAUGUGAUCGGACCGGGAGUUAGCACUCUGGCAGCCUGGCCGGUUCCUCUGGAGAACAUCAACAACGCUUCCGGACCUAUAUUCAACAUGAUCUCGGGCACAUCGAUGGCUUGUCCUCAUCUGAGCGGCAUCGUGGCUCUUGUUAGAAGCGCUCAUCCAGAUUGGUCGCCAGCUGCCAUCAAAUCUGCCAUCAUGACCACGACCCAUCUAACUCAAAUCAGUGGCAAGCCGAUCACUGACGAGCAGGGGCUUAUUGCUGACAUGUUCGAUAUGGGUUCGGGCCAUGUGAAUCCAGCCGGGGCGAGUAACCCUGGGUUGAUUUACGACAUUCAGCCCGAUGACUAUGUUCCAUACCUGUGUGGGUUGGGUUACACCAAUGCACAAGUUUCUACCAUCGUGCAGAAGAAGGUGGAAUGCUCGUCGAACCAGUCGAUAUCAGAAACUCAAUUGAACUACCCGUCAUUCGUUCUGCAGUUGGGUUCUCAGCCUCUAACAUUCACGAGGACAGUGACAAAUGUCGGGAAGGCAAACUCGGUGUACAAAGUUGAGGUGUAUGCGCCCAACGGUGUGGAAGUGAAAGUCGAGCCAAAGGAGAUAGUUUUCAAUACGUUGAACGAUAAAGCAAACUACUCGGUCACGUUCUCGGUGAAGAACGGGACGAGCCAGAGGUUCGUGCAAGGGAGCUUGUUCUGGGUAGCCGAUGGCUACAGUGUGAAGAGUCCAUUUGGUAUCAUUGUGGACUAA